AUGAGUGGGUACACCCUAGUUUAUGAGCCCAACUCGGCGACCAAGACGCUGGUGCAUGAGUUCAAGCAGUUGUUGGAGAAGGGGAAGGAUGACGUCAAGAUCGACACGAUGAAGCGCAUCCUUGUCGCCAUCAUCAACGGUGACCCCAUGCCCGACUUGUUGAUGCACAUCAUCCGAUUUGUCAUGCCCCUGAAGAACAAGGAGCUCAAGAAGCUCUUGUACUUCUACUGGGAAGUGUGUCCCAAGAUGGACGAACACGGCAAGAUGCGCCACGAAAUGAUCUUGGUGUGCAAUGCUAUCCAACGCGAUUUGCAACACCCUAACGAAUACAUCCGCGGGAAUACUUUGCGCUACCUUAACAAAUUGAAGGAACCCGAGUUGUUGGAAACGUUGGUGCCUAACGUCAGACAGUGCCUCGACCACCGCCACGCCUACGUGCGCAAGAACGCCGUGUUUGCGUUGUACCUGAUCUACAAGGUGCUGGACCAUCUCUGUCCCGAUGCCGACGAAGUCAUCUACCAAUUCUUGGCUGACGAAUUCGACUCGGUGUGCAAGCGUAACGCGUUUGUUUGCCUUGGUGACCUCAACCGGGAGAUGGCUCUCGCCUACAUUCAAGCUAACAUUGGUGUCAUUGAAACCCUAGACCCUUUGAUCCAAUUGGCGUUCAUUGAGUUCAUCAAGCGAGACGCCUUGGCUAACCCCAGUCUCAAGACUCAAUACACUCAGCUCGUCGAAGAAAUGGUGGAACUGCUGCCGCUGAACGUGGUGGUGUACGAAGCUUCCACCACUCUCUCGCAAUUGACGUCGCUGCCGCUGGCGGUGUUGUUGUCUGCCACUAAGUUUGUCGAAUUGGCCACUAAGGAAGCCGACAACAACGUCAAGAUCAUUCUGUUGCUGCGCAUUGACGAUCUUAAUCGCGAGUACCCUGGCGUCAUCAACGAAUUGGCGCUUGAAAUCUUGCGCGUGUUGCUGACUCAGGACAUUGAUGUCCGUCGUCAAGCUCUUGACGUCGCUCUUAAGUUGGUCACCCUGAGAAACGUCGAAGACAUCGUCAAGCUCCUCAAGAAGGAAUUGGAAAAGCUGUCGGUGGCUACCGAAGACAAGACCGCCGAAUACCGCCAACUUUUGAUCAACGCCAUCCAUCAAUUGGCCAUCAAGUUCGUUGAAGUGGCUACUAACGUCAUUGACUUGUUGUUGGAUCUGAUGAGCGAUCUUAACACCGCCGCUGCUUACGAAGUUAUCGUCUUUGUUAAAGAAGUCGUUGAAAAGUUCCCCAACUUGCGUCAAGGCAUUGUUCACCGCUUGAUCCAAACGUUGCCCUCGGUGAAGCUGGGUAAGGUGUUGCGCGGGUCAUUGUGGAUCAUCGGUGAAUACACUUUGGAAGAAAAGCUCGUUCAAGAAGCGUGGAAGUUCAUCCGUGGCCUGGUAGGCGAAGUUCCCAUUUUGGCGUCGUUCCGCAAGCAUAAGGAAGAAGAUGAGAACAAGAAUGACGACCAAGAGGAAGGUGCUACUCCCAAACCCACUAAGAAGCCCGUUGUGCUUCCUGAUGGUACUUACGCCACCGAACUGGCAUUCCUGGCGGAAACUAAAGACGUCAACGAGGACCAAGAUGCUCACCGUAUUCGUCACCUUAUUCUCAAGGGCGACUAUCACCUUGCCGCGGUGUUAUCGCUGACUCUCGUCAAGCUUGUGCUUAGACUUGAGCAAUUGGGCACCAAGGAACCGGUGCUCAAUGGUCUCAUCGCUGAAGCGCUUUUGAUCAUGGUCCUGAUCGUUCGUGUCGGUGAGAGCCCUCACGUGGAAAAGCGGAUCGACGAAGACUCCGCCGACCGCAUCUUGCUGUAUGUGCGCAUUUUGACUGACGAUGACGCUCGCGACCAAAAGAUUCUCGAAGAAACUUUCUUAAACGACACUCGCGAUGCUUACGCCGGUCAAGUUCAAGAGCAGGAGAUCAAGAAGGCGGCUGCUGUGGCACAAGACUUACAAGAUAAUGCUGAACAAGUUGAUGAUGCUAUUACCUUCAGACAAUUUGUUUCCAACGGCAAGCGGAACCAAGGCUUGCUGGACGACUUAGCAUUGAAUCUGUCGUCGCUGGCAAAGAAGGAUGACUUGAGCUCGCGUCUUAACAAGAUCAUCCCCUUGACCGGUUACUCUGACCCUAUUUACGCUGAAGCGUACAUCAAGGUGCACCAAUACGACGUGGUGCUCGAAGUGUUGUUGGUGAACCAAACUACCAACACUUUGCGCAAUUUGCUGGUUGAACUUGCCACCUUGGGUGACCUCAAGGUGGUGGACAAGCCGGUGACGGCGAACAUUGGUCCCCAUGGGUUCUACAAAAUGCUGGCCACCGUCAAGGUGACGCUGGCGGACACGGGUAUUUUGUUCGGGAACAUCGUCUACGACGGGCUGCACUCGGACGACUCGACGAUCGUCAUUUUGAACGAUAUCCACAUCGACAUUAUGGACUACAUCAAGCCUGCCACUUGUUCGGAACUGCAGUUCCGCAAGAUGUGGAACGAGUUCGAAUGGGAAAACAAGAUCACCAUCAAGCUGCCGAUCAAGUCGCUCAAGGAAUACUUGGAAAAGUUAAUGUCCGGCACCAAUAUGAACUGUCUCACUCCUGGGGCGGUGAUUGGCGAAGAGUGCCAAUUCUUGCUGGCGAACUUGUACCUGCGGUCCACCUUUGGUGAAGACGCGUUGGCCAACGUGUGCAUUGAGAUGAAGGAUAACGGUCCCAUCAUUGGGCAUGUCCGGAUCCGGGCCAAGGGUCAAGGGCUUGCCUUGUCCUUGGGUGACCGUGUGAACGCCAUCUCCAAGGGUACCCACUCGGGCGAUGCUGUGGCGUAG